AUUAGAUUGGAUGAUUGGCGGGAACUAUGUAACGAUUAGUUUCCGUUAUUAUUCACCUCACUUGGGUGAUAUUUCACACGGGAUGUACUAGUCGUACAAUCGUUAACGUUGACACAGAAUAGACAUCAAUCGAUUGUCAAUGGUAAAACAUUUUUUAGAAAUAUACAUUUGUUGUGUAGUUAGUGUGAAUGGAACUGUUUCAAACACAAUGAAAAUCGUACAGAUUCAAUCAUCUAAGGAAUAAAUUCGACAAAAAUGGAAAUGGCACAAUCAGUGGGAUAUAAUGUAACAAUGAAUGGCUCUAAAUCUGUUUCUAAUGAAUCAAAUUCAGAAAGUGCAUUGAUUAAACUAAACGAUAAAAUGGCGUUAAGGUAUCUUCCUGUUAUAAUUUAUAUAUUUUUAUUAAUGGUGACAGGAAUUGUAGGAAAUGCACUGGUGUGUUUUGUUUACGUUAGUAACAAAAAGAAGACAUCGGCAUGUUAUUUUAUUUUAACAUUGGCUUUACUUGAUCUUUUUAACUGUGUUAUCGGUAUGCCUAGUGAAAUAGUAGAUCUACGGUACCCAUAUAUGUUUUAUUCUCCUAUUGCUUGCAAAGUUUUACGAACAAUUGAAUAUAUAUCAACAGUCGGGUCAACUGUAGUUCUUUUAGCUGUAGCAGUGGAUCGUUAUAAUCGAAUAUGCAACUUAGGAAAACACAUGUCGAGUGAAAAAGCUAAGAAAGUUUGUCUCGCUGCUGUGAUCAUCGGGGUUGUGACGUCAUGGCCUGUUCCAAUUCUUGGAGGGCUUAGUAAAGUCAGUGUCAAUAUUCAUGGUGCUAAUGCAGUUGACUGUUCCAUCGAACAGUCAAUGAGAAAGACAAUAUAUCCACCACUAUUUAAUGGGUUGUUGUGUAUUUAUUUUAUAUUUUGUAUUGUAUUUUUUGGGAUUAUAUAUUCCAGAAUCAUUGUAUUUGUAAAGAAAAGAAAAGCGAUAACACGCCAAAUGAGUUCGUCACUAAGGCGAGAGGAAACAAAACAUGACAACUGUCCCGAACCCAAAGCAAAUCUUCUAAAUGAACAUAAUCCGGCAGCUCAUACUAAUUCAGAAAGAUCAGAUGCGAGCAAUGGCAGUGUCAGUCGUAAAAAUAAAAACAAACACAGGAUUAAAGUGACUCGGACUACAGUUAUACUCGGUGCCGUUACAUUGGCUUUUAUCAUUGGUUAUCUUCCUUAUUUAAUGAUAAUGGCGGUACGAACUCUUGUCACUGAUUUUGAAGACAAUUUAAAUGCUGCAGCGGAUAUUGGCAUUAAAUUUUGUGUGAAAUCGUAUCUUAUAAACAAUGCCAUCAAUCCGAUAAUAUAUUGUUUCUUAAAUCAACAGUUUAGAGAUGAUGUGAAAAGAUUAACUAAGAAUUGUUCUUAAUUGGAUUGGAUUGUUUUGUAAUGUUUAUAGGUUGUCAUGAUCAAAAAAAUAUCAAGUUCAGGUUGUGUUCUCAACAGACAAUGUGUCAGCUUUCUGUUGUAAGGUAUUUUAUAAAAUCUUACCAAUGUCGGUGAUAAACACGUAAAAACAAUUGUCUGGCUGUAUAGUUAUAAUUUAUUGAGUGAACAAAAGGGGAAGUAUGAUAAAAGAUCAUACAGACGCUCAUUUCAUUCAAGAAUUAAACAUGUAUCAAAAUUAUAUCAUGUACUUUCCUUCAGAGGUUCAUAUGAUAUAAGUCUUGUGACAUAUCAGUAAAGAUAUUUUUUCUCAUGUUUUCUUUGUCUUUAUACAUCUACGUUAAUGCUUUAAUGUUAUUGCAUGUAAAAAGUAAAGUAAAGAAAAUAACGAACUCCGUGGAAAAUCCAUAACGCAAAGCUCCUAAUCAAAUGACAAAACUAAAAGCUCUAACACAUUAAUCAAAUGGAUAACAACUGUUAUAUUCUGGACCUGGAACUGACAUUUUCUCAUGUCAUACACAACUGGAAACAAAAGUAUCAUUAUCAGAUUUUGCCACAAAUUUUUAGAACCACAUUCAUAUGUAGGAAAA